AGCAAAACCUCAAACCGAAAUUAUACAAUUAAAUCUCUCAAGAUGUCUACGUCUAUGCGACUACUGAUGCUUCUCACCGGAAUAUUCUUCUUGUUGUACUUCAGCCUCGAGCCCUACAUGGAUAUGUUUGAAAGGCCGGCCAUCGCGAUACCCGAAGACAUUAUAUUCGUCAACAAUUCGGGAUGUUUCCUGAGUGCCCGACAGAGUCCAGCUAGGUAUUCCCCGGCGGGGGAACCGAUCAACCUUUUGCGGUGCCGAAAACCUCAGCUGAUGUCUGCAAGGACCAGAAAGGGUGCCAAUUUCCUGGUGCCCAAAGCAAUGCUGGAGAACUUGCAGUGCACAUACUGGGUGCUGGCUGCCAAGGACUUUCAAUCCAACAAAGUGUUGCUGGAAGGACACUUCAGUCUGAAGCGUGGAGCGAACGCGGACAUUCCGAUCGGCGAGGGUCAGCAGAUAGUUCGGGUCAAAUGCAAGAACCAGACGAAUGACACAAUAUAUCACGAUGUUCACUUCUUCCUGCCACCUCCAUUGCGAAAGCUGAAGCCAAAUGAAACCGAAAAACUGUCUGUGAUGGUGCUGGGUAUUGACUCAAUUUCCCAAAUGCACUUCGUGCGUAGCUUCCCCCAAUUGAAUGGCUUCCUGGAGAAUGUGCACACCAAGUUCUUUGGCUACAGUCGCGUGGGCCAAGAUGCCCGUGCCAAUUUGAUGCCGUUCUUGAGUGGAUUUAGCAGUGAUGAAGCGGAGUCCCAGACGGAAGCCUGGCUCUGGGAGAGAUUCCGGGCCCAAGGCUACGGCACAGCCUACGGCGAAGAUAGUGCCGAGGUCCUCUUCACAACAAGGAAUGAAAAGAAACAAUUUCCCAGCGAACCCACCGAAUUCUACUUGCCUCCAGUGUUGCUCGAGAUGCACAGUCACUCGCGCUAUAGCCUGGAUCUCAGAGAGAUGAUUUACUGCACGGCUGGACGUCAGUUCCAAGAGGUCCUGAGGGACUUCAUUGCCAAGCUGGUGCCCCACAUGCGGCAGCGACCCUUUUUCUCCUUCUUCUGGGAGUCGCAGGGCGUUCAAGAGUACUAUGAGUUCGCAACGCAGUUGGAUCAGCCCUAUAUGAUGCUCUUGAAGAGCCUCCAGGAGGCUGAUAUACUAAACAAUACCAUUUUGUUUCUCAUGUCAGAUCAUGGACUUCGUGCCGGUGACUAUCGCUCGAGCUUUCAGGGCAUGGAGGAGGAGUCGCAGCCCCUGCUGCUGGCCAUAUAUCCCGACUGGCUGAAGGUCAAGUAUCCCCAGGCCAUGGAGAAUUUUGAGAGGAACUCGCAUAGCCUGGUCACGCCCUACGACCUUCACCAAACCCUGAGGGAUAUCACUUGCCUGGACCAGCUGCAAAACUCCCAGAUAGAGCAGCGGAACAAAACUCUCCAGUCGCAUCUCCCGGAGAACUUGCCCCGAGGUAUUAGUCUCUUCCUGCCGAUUCCUGAAUACAGAACCUGCGAGUUGGCCCACAUCCCCUCACUCUUUUGCUUCUGCCGUAAGCACACCGAAAUACCCCUUGACGAUGGAUUGGUCCUCCGCUGCAGUCGCUUCUUGGUGAAGUCCAUCAACCAGUUGACGAAGCCACAUUCUCAAUGUGCCGAACUGAAGCUGCACUCUGUGGUCAUGGCGUAUUUCAUGGACUUUGGCGAGGAGUCCUUCGACCAUGAGCUGAGGCUGCGGGUGAUGACGCUUCCUGGGCACGGAGAGUUCGAGGCCACCGUCCGUGUAUCGGACGCCCUAAAGUUGACCAGCUCCAUUAGCCGCGUCAACCCAUAUCAGGCGCAGUCCCACUGUGUCAGCGAUCCCCGGAUCAAAGUUCUUUGCUUCUGUACCUGAAC